AUGAACGGCACCACUAAAGCUCCCGAUGCUUCCUCGGCCCCCAACCAGUCGCAGCUGACGCCCGAGUUGAUGCCGGGUCUGACGCCGUCGCAGCAAGUCCCUGCCCAUAAUGGUGCAGGGUGGGAAUUUCUCCAGGGGAUGAACAUCACCCUGCAGGGUCAUUGCGAGUGCCUGGGUAGACAAAUGCAGACCUGGAAGGGCUCGUACUCCCUUGACUCUCGCUGGGGUGCUAGCCAUCAACAGCCCGAGACUCAGCUGAAGGCACAAAUGAAGAUUGCUGGGGCGCAGCUUGAAGAGAAUAAGAAGAAGCGUAAACGUGAUGGGCAUCGCCGGAAGGACAGAAAGCUCGAACAUCGGCAGAAAGAGCAGCAGCAGCAGCAGCAGCAACAGCAGCAACAGCAGCAGCAACAGCAGCAGCAACAGCAGCAACAGCAACAGCAGCAACAGCAACAAGAAGAUGAAUUGCUGCAACUGCUGCAACAACAACUGCUGCAAUACCAGCAGCUGCAACAACAACAACUUCAGGCCCAGCAGCUCCAGGCCCAGCAGCAGUCUCAACCACAGUCUCAACCACAGUCUCAGCUUCAGACCCUGUCCCAGUCCCAGCACCAGUCCCCCCAGUCUGCCCAGUCCCAGGGUGCAGACCACUGGAGCGACCUGGAUUGGCUCGUAAAUUCCAAUCUCGGGACCGCCGCCAUAGGACAAGGGCAGAUCGACCUGUUGUUCGACGAAAUGGAUGGGUCCGAUAACACGCAACAAGAGCAAGCCCAGGCCUUCGACGAGAUGAUCACGUCGAGCGUUCCUCCUCCCAACGUUGACGCUCCAGAGCCAUGGGUUCCUCCACCGCCUACAACCUUCGAGGAUGUGUAUCGCCAACAAGAUAAGGAAGGUGGCGUUGAACUCGGCCCUUAUUCUGCCAUGUUGUCUGAAUGGGAGCAUUCAAUGAGCGGUCGUAGCUAA